GGCUGGGCGAGCGGGCGGGUCGGCGGGGCCCUUUCCCCUCUGUAGCCGCUUGUGCCCUCCUUUCCUUGGGGCGAGGACGCGCCGGCAGUAGCGAGAGGAGGCGAGAAGCCGAGGCAGCGCCGCGUCGUGUCGUGUCGUGUCCCCCCCGGGCGCUCCCUGCUGCCGCCGGGCCCCGGGCUCCCGGCCCCACACCGGCAUCGCGAUGGACCCCUGCUCCUCGCUCUUCAGCUACGUGUUAAUGCACUUGUUCGUUCUCUGCCUGCAAGCCCAGGUAACUGUUCAGUCCCCACCUAAUUUUACACAGCAUGUGAGGGAGCAGAGCCUGGUGACGGAUCAGCUCAGCCGACGGCUCGUCCGUACCUACCAGCUGUACAGCCGGACCAGUGGGAAACAUGUGCAGAUCUUGGACAACAAGAAAAUCAAUGCGAUGGCAGAGGAUGGAGACGUGCACGCCAAGCUCAUCGUGGAGACAGAUACCUUUGGGAGCCGCGUGCGUAUCAAGGGAGCAGCCACAGGUUUCUACAUCUGCAUGAACAAAAAGGGGAAGCUGGUCGGCAAGAGCAACGGGAAGGGCAAGGACUGUGUCUUCACAGAGAUAGUCCUGGAGAACAACUACACGGCGCUGCAGAACGCCAAGUACGAGGGCUGGUACAUGGCCUUCACCCGCAAGGGCCGCCCGCGCAAGGGCUCCAAGACCCGGCAGCACCAACGAGAGGUUCAUUUCAUGAAGAGGCUUCCCAAGGGCCACCAGACCACCGAGCCCCACAGACGCUUUGAGUUUCUCAACUACCCCUUCAACCGGAGAAGUAAAAGGACUAGAAACUCCAGCUCCAGGGUGAACCCUUGACUUGCCUGCCUCU